UCGCGUAUUCGGUCUUCCUGCCGUCUUCGCGUGACGACGCGUCCGUUCCGAAAGCUCGGGAGCAGCAGCGAAUGUCCCAUAUUACUCUCGCUAUCACCUGGAACUGCUGCUACGUCUGCAGACCGUUUUGAUUUGCUCGAAAAAGAGGUUGUGUCGGUCAGGUUAGAGCGCCAACUCCUAUCAUCUGUAGCAACGUGAUCGACAUCGUAUUUGGAAGCUACAAGAGAGAGAAAGAACGAAAACAUCUCGCGUGCACCGAGCGCAAAUAACGCGUUCACAUCAAAGAUUGCCGAAGAAGCGAUUAUUCCUGGAAUCACGAAAAAUAAUAUUCGUGCACGUGAUAAUAUAAAUAUAUAUAUACACACACGACAAGUCAGUACACAAGGUUCUCACGCGAUUGACUAUUUCCCGACCAGAGCGACAACAACGCUACCAUCGAAUUUUGCUGAAAUAUAUCUAAUCAAUAAUAACUGCGGUGCUACGUUGCUUCCGUUAGAAUAAUUAUUGGGCAUUGUGAAACGGGGAGGGAACAGUACACGGGACAGUACGGACAAGUCCGGCUAAGUUGGUAAGGUAAGCGGAUUGGUGGGUACGGGAAAACGAGAGAGGGCGCGUGUGUAUUCCCUUAGUCGUGCGCUGUGUGGCGCUGUGCGUGGAUAUGUGUUCGCCCCUGUGUUAGAGAGGAGUGGGAGUUACUGAGAGUGGGAGAGGAGAGGGAAAGAGUGAGAGAGGAGAGACUAACGUAACUAGGAAGGAGCAGAGUGACGGACAGCCGUGCGAGUGACAGAAGCGCGCGAACGUGAAAAUACCCAGGAAGUGAGAACGUCCUUUUUACCUUUGACUUUACCUGGUGUAACGGCUGCCAUUGUAGUCCUGGUUCUCUUAUCCAGGACACGCGUCGAGAGUGUCCAUCCGGGAGGUGGUGUCAUGGAUUGGUUCUCGAAGAUGGGCCUUAUCGGCAUUCUGGCGUUUCUUAUUCCAUUGGGGGCGGACGCACUCAGGAUGAUGGAGGUUAUGAUACCGCAGCACGUCAUACGCGGACAGAACGUUAGACUCGAAUGUAACUUUAACCUGGACCGAGAGAGUCUCUAUUCGGUGAAAUGGUACAAGGAUGGGAAUGAGUUUUAUCGAUACGUACCUAGGGAUAUGCCGCCAGUCCUGGUAUUCUCUUUGCCAGGAGUCACCGUCGACAUUCACAAUUCCACGGAGAAAUCGGUCGUCCUCAAUUCUGUAAAUCUCAUGAGCUCUGGUCUCUACAGAUGCGAGGUCUCGGCAGAGGGGCCAUCUUUUCAAACCGUCUCGGGCCACUCGAAUAUGCAGGUGGUCGCUUUACCGGAAGAUGGUCCUGUGAUCACCGGUAGACCCGGAAGGCAUCGCUACCAGGUAACCGACGUGGUUCGCUUCAAUUGCACUUCAGCUAGAUCAAAACCGCCCGCCAUGCUCAGCUGGUUUAUCAACGGCGAACCGGUCGACCCGCAAUAUCUACAUGGACCUCAUAUCACGGAAGUUGAUCGGGAGGGUUUGCAGACCGCUGUACUCGGACUGGAAUUUCGCCUUCGGGCGAAACACUUUAAACGAGGUGACAUGAAGAUAAAGUGUCUCGCUACGAUAGCUACCAUCUAUUGGAAAUCGAAUGAGCUCAGUAUAGAGGGCGACCGGCCGCUAAAAGCACCAGUUAUGGAGAGCAGGGAGACCAGGGCGCAAGGUCACACGCAUGCUGAGCAUAUUCUAGCCAGCGGAAGUAGGACGAUCGCAGGAACUUAUCUAUUGUUGAUUCUCCUGGUGUUAGUUUCAUUGCGAUAAAAGAUCACCUUAUAUGCUCUUCCAGAAAAAAAACCACAACAGAAAUCAAGAAAAGGCUCAUCGUCUCAGACUCUGCAGCUAAAUUAAUCCCACCCUUACGCUCCUUCAUCUCCUAUCCCCCCCCCCUACCCCGGGGUUUUGCUAAAUCCUUAUAUCUUCUUCAAAAAAAAAAAAAAGAAAAGAAUGAAAGAGAAAA